AUGUCUGAAUCAACUCUCACUACCGAACUCGGCCGUCUACGCAUCCUCUCCUCCACAGCUGGCAUUCGAGUCUCCCCUCUGCAACUAGGCGCCAUGUCGAUUGGCGACGCCUGGGCCGGCAUGAUGGGCUCAAUGGACAAGGACUCAGCAUUCAAACUCCUAGAUGCCUUCUAUGAGAGCGGGGGCAACUUCAUUGACACGGCCAAUUCGUAUCAGAACGAGCAGUCAGAGCAGUGGAUCGGCGAGUGGAUUCAAGCCCGCAACAACCGCGACUCGCUGGUCCUGGCUACCAAGUUCAGUAUGGACUAUCGCAGCCAUGUCCUAGGCAAGGGAACCCCAGCAGCUAAUUUUGCGGGGAAUUCCCGUCGCUCUAUUCAUGUUGGAAUCCGCGACUCAUUGAAGAAGUUGCGGACCGAUUAUAUUGAUAUUUACUACGUCCACUACUGGGACUUUACUACAUCAAUCAAGGAGCUCAUGGAUGCUUUACAUGUUCUCGUCGAGCAGGGCAAGGUGCUUUAUCUCGGAGCAUCUGAUACACCCGCCUGGAUUGUUUCUGCAGCCAAUACCUACGCUAUUGACCACGGAAAGACGCCUUUCAGUAUUUACCAAGGACGCUGGAAUCUGUUAAACAGAGACUUUGAGCGCGAUAUCAUCCCAAUGGCCCGCCAUUUUGGCAUGGCCCUUGCACCAUGGGAUGUUCUCGGCGGCGGCAAAUUCCAAAGCAAAGCCGACCUCAAGAGCCGCGAGAAUUCCGGUGAGAAGCUGCGCAGUUUUGCCGGACGACCUCCCCACCAGACCGAGGACGAGGUUAACGUGAGCGAGGCGCUGGGCAAGGUGGCUUCGGAGCACGGCAUCGAGUCUGUUACUGCUAUUGCGCUGGCAUAUGUCUUGUCCAAAGCUGGAAAUGUUUUCCCUCUCGUUGGCGGGCGCAAGGUCGAGCACCUGAGGGACAAUAUCCAGGCACUGAGUAUCAAGCUCACGGGUGACCAAAUUGCGCUCCUUGAGAGCGUCAAGCCUUUCGACCGGGGGUUUCCUCACAAUUUCAUCCCGGCCGAUCCGAAUGUUACCGGGAAGUCUUUCUUGAUUGAGAGGACGAAUGCAAUGAAGUUUCCGAAUGCCUGCAACCCGACCUCUCUGUGA